AACGUAUAAAUAGAGGCCGUAAUAAUCGGAGUAAAUGGAUCCGCUGUUUCUGCAGAGUGAGAGGAGAGAGAGAAGAAGAGGUGGAGGUCUGUGAUUUGAUCAAACUCAGGCAUUUGUUUCGGUUUCUCUUCUUCUGCAAUUGUGGUGCUAGGAGGUCAGGGUUCACCUCGGGCCACCGUUCGUCCAUUCUGUUGCUCGGAGCUGGCGGUGCUUCGGAGGAUCAGUUCUGUUCUCAGGCAGAUAACUGAUCAUGUUCGGUUCUGAAAGCGGUGAUGAUGGUUCUGCACUUGCGGAGCCUCCUGAUCCAGAUGUUGUUGAGAUUGAUCCAACUGGGCGAUAUACUCGGUACAAAGAAGUGCUCGGCAAAGGUGCUUUCAAGAUAGUCUACAAGGCAUUUGACGAAGUAAACGGGAUUGAGGUGGCUUGGAGCCAACUUUCGAUUGAUGAGGUGCUCCAUUCCAGGGAUGAUUUAGAAAGGCUGAAGGCUGAAGUUUUUCUCCUGAGGUCAUUGAGGCAUAGCAAUAUUAUAAGGUUUUAUAACUCUUGGAUUGAUGAGAACAAUAAGACAGUUAAUAUCAUUACGGAGUUGUUCACUUCGGGUAGCCUCAGACAGUACAGGAAGAAACACAAGAAAGUUGACACUAAGGCUGUGAAGGGAUGGGCGAGGCAGAUAUUGAUGGGAUUGAGCUAUCUUCAUGGCCAAGACCCUCCAAUCAUACACAGGGACUUGAAGUGCGAUAACAUAUUUGUUAAUGGUCACCUAGGAGAAGUUAAAAUUGGAGAUCUUGGAUUGGCCACUGUAAUGGAGCAGGCAAGCGCCAAAAGUGUAAUAGGCACACCUGAGUUCAUGGCACCUGAAUUGUACGAAGAGGAUUAUAACCACUUAGCUGAUAUAUAUUCCUUUGGAAUGUGCAUGCUCGAGAUGGUUACUUUCGAAUAUCCUUAUAGCGAAUGUAGAAAUUCAGCUCAGAUAUUUAAGAAGGUCUCAUCUGGCAUAAAGCCAGCUGCUCUCUCCAAGGUGAAAGAUCCUGAUGUUAAAGAAUUUAUUGAGAAGUGUUUGCUCCCCGUAUCGGAAAGACUGUCGGCAGACGAGCUUUUGAUGGAUCCAUUUCUUCAAAUUAUUGGAUCGGCAAAAAACCGUCCUCUCCCACUUCCUGAUAUCAUCCUGCCCAAAACUGGAGCUUUUGGAGAUCGCUGUCUAAUGUCAGAAGGACCGGCUACUGUGCAGAAUGAAAUACUUCAAUUAGAUGCCCUUGAUGAUUUGCCUAUAGUUAAAUUAUACCAGAAUUCAACCGACGAUGGAACCCCUUCUCUCUGUGUGGAGGUUGCGAAGAGGGCAAGGGACGCGACCUUUCUGUUAAAUGGAGAGGAAAAUGACGAGAACUCUGUGUCCUUGACCCUCCGGCUAGCUGAAAACGGACGUGCGAGGACCGUUAAUUUUCUAUUCUAUCUCGACAGCGAUACAGCUCAUUCGGUUUCUGCUGAAAUGGUGGUGCAGCUCGAGCUAGGGCCUCAACAAGUAAAUUGCAUGGCAGAAUUGAUCGAUUUGCUGCUGAUGAACUUGUUGAAGAAUUGGCAAGUUUCUCACCCUUCCGGCCAUUUGGUGAGUGCUACUUAUCACAAAGAGCCGCGGUCGCUGAAUCACAACCAUAGCUCUGCCAAAUUUCUUGAAGGCGCUUGCGAGCCUGUCGAGUCAGAAGUCAAGUCCCUUGCACUGGCCCUCCAGAGCUCGGCCACCCUGGACGACGAGGGCUCAGACAUGUCUUACAUGUCUGCUACUUCUAACGACUGGAAUGACGCUACAAGCUCGAUCGACUCGAGGCAUGAUAUGGACGUUUGUUCCGACUAUGAUCAGAGUAAGGUAUCUGAUCUGGGAAGGAACAGUGCUGGAAAUCCAGCCCCCCUUCCAGUAGAUGAAUCUCCACUGUUCACCCUGGGGAAUGAUGCGCAGCUGAAGAUGGAGCUCGAGAUGAUCGAGCGGGAAUACCAGGAAACCAAGAGGCGGAUCUCAAGGAGGAGAGAGGAGGCAAUCCUGCGGGCAAGGAGGAGGCUGUCCCUUCAGAACACGGAGCAAUUUCACUGACCAUAUAAAAAUCUGUGUGGUACAAUUUGCUUCAUUCUUUUCUUCUUUCUAUUUAUUUUAUUUUAUUUCCCUUCUUGUUUCCUUCGUGGGGGCAGUUCUUUGUCAAAAUCCGUCGCAAUUGUACAAAGUUUUGUCAUUCUUCUGCAGGAGAAUUUCUGUAAAUCUCUGUGCUUCCUCCUCUUUAGUACUGUCCUUGGUUGUGAUCAACUUGUAAUUAUGUCGGGUUUCAUAUGUCGAUAGUCAUGUUUGAGGUAAAUUCCCGAACA